AAGAAGAGGAGUAUGAGGAGGAAGAGGAGGAUGAAGAAGAGGAGGAGGAGAGUGUGGAGGGGAGGCGUCAGGGAAACUCUGAGAGGAUCAUGUGACCGUUGUUGUUUCACACUCAGCAUGAUUCAGUCAGGAGGAGAGGAGCUCUACACAUGAGGACCGGAAGAGUCCAGGACCAGGUUCACGUGGAUCAGAGGACUGGAAGAGUCCAGGACCAGGUUAACGUGGAUCAGAGGACUGGCACAGUCCAGGACAAGGUCCACGUGGAUCAGAGGACCGGCACAGUCCAGGACCAGGUUCACGUUGAUCAGAGGACCGGAAGAGUCCAGGACCAGGUUCACGUGGAUCAGAGGACCGGCACAGUCCAGGACCAGGUUCACGUUGAUCAGAGGACCGGAAGAGUCCAGGACCAGGUUCACGUGGAUCAGAGGACCGGCACAGUCCAGGACCAGGUUCACGUUGAUCAGAGGACCGGAAAAGUCCAGGACCAGGUUCACGUGGAUCAGAGGACCGGCACAGUCCAGGACCAGGUUCACGUUGAUCAGAGGACCGGAAGAGUCCAGGACCAGGUUCACGUGGAUCAGAGGAGAGGUACAGUCCAGGACCAGAUUCACAUGGAGCAGAGGACCGGCAGCAGACCUGAACAGUCCAGGGAAGGGAUGGUAAAGUCUGCUUCGGCGUAUGCAGACCUGCAGCAGCACCGGUCUGAGGGAGUCCACAGGAAACCGUCCCCCGUGUCCAGCUACGUCCCCCAACCAGACUACCUGGAGGACGACGAGGACAGCGACCUCAUCAAGCCCAAAAAACUUCUGAACCCCGUCAAAGCUUCAAAAAGUCACCAGGAGCUUCACCGAGAACUGAUGAGCAGCUGCAAACGAGGGGGAGUCAGUGUGGAGAUGAAGCCGGAGCUGCAGAGAGUUCUGGAUUCGAGGAAAAGAGAUCAGCUGAUCAAACAGAGGAAACAGGAGGAGGAAGCCACGAAGAUUUCUCCUCUGGAUGCUGAACUGAUCAAGAGGACACAAGAAGCUGGGGAGGUCGUUGGAGAAGCCAGCAGGAGAAGCAACAGGGGAAAACCUGAAGCUCCAGAGUUUGUCAAAGUCAAGAAAAAUCUGAGACGGACGUCGGUUUCAGACUGUGCCUCCUCUCAGUCCGCUCCGGAUCCUCGGAACCUCGCUCCGGAUCCUCGGAACCUCGCACCGGAUCCUCGGAACCUCGCACCGGGCUGCAUUGUCUCACCGGACACUGAGGCGGACACCGCGGAGCCGCGGACCCGGUUCUGCUGUCUGACUGUGCGGACCGGCGUCGGUACUGACCGGAGACCGUCCAUCUGCGCGGAGGAGCCGACGGUGACGGGGGUCGGUGUCGGACCCCGCCGGCCGCUUCCGGACACCGUAGACCGACACUCAGGUAAGCUGUCCCACCUGGACGCGGAGCUAACGGUAGCUACCACGUGA